AUGGGGCUUCGUACAAGUCUUCUAUCUUUUCGAAACCCAAAUAUUCAUAGAAAACACACCACCGGUUAUACGUAUAGGAAACAUCAUAGAAUCCAUCACAAGUUUUGUGUUCUUAUUCAUCCUAUACUCUUUCACAAUUUCCAGGAACUAAAAAGAGCCAAAACUUGGUCAACUAUUAUGUUCAUCGACCAGGAAUUGUCUUCGAUAGGGAUUCAAGUGUCUUUUAAUAAAUUAAGUUCGUUUACAGCCAAAACAACGUUUUUGACAAUCGGGAUCUUAAGUGCUACCCAAUGGUACCAGUCUGUGGUUCAAGGAUAUUUUUUGGGUAUUCUGGGUUAUGCUUAUGGUAUGCAAACUACAGUGCCUUUAUUGGUGACUUUUGCAGCAGUUUUGCAGUUCCAAUGUAUAUUAUUUUUGUUAUGCGAACGUUUUGAAUUGAUCAACAAAAACUUGGAACACAUAUUAAAGUUUCGUCACGGAUCCGAAGGCCACAGGAUCAAAUACUUAUCAGAAUUCAAAUUCACGCAACCUACACCAACACCAGUGCCCAACAAAACCAAAACCAGAAAAAAAUACCAAAACUCCUAUACCCCACCAAAAAAGUCUUUUAUCACAGCUUUCAACUCAGAUCCAGCUUUAAGAUUAAAAAAACUCCUAAAAAUUCUGAUGCAUCUGCUAGAAUGGACAGACCAAAUCAAAUCUACAUACGAAAUUCCGAUGCUGCUCUGUAUCCAGCUUCUUUUUAUAACAGCGGUUUUCAAAAUGUAUUUGGCUGCCACCAAAUUUCAAAAAAUGGUUCAUGUGCUGGAUUUUGAAACUGUCAACACUUAUAUGACGACUUUGGCCAAUCAGAGUGUCAUCCAUGUGGCUAUUUUGAUGCUUAUUCAUUUGAUCGAGACUUGCGCCAAAAAGGUAAAAAAGUCUGUGGUUAAUGUUCACCAAUUGUCCAUUUUGGAACGUGACAGAGGAAUGAGAAAGCGCUUACUAAACUAUUCUCUCCAAUUGUUACACAGAGACUUAGAUGUCAUGGUAUGCGGUAUAUUUUCCCUGAACAUGGAAUUUUACUUCACGGUAAAUGAUAAAACAAAUACGUACUAA